GCCUCUGUAACAACACGGAAUAACCGAUUGCUCCUCUUCAUUUUUUUUACGCUCGUCCAAUCUACCCCGUUCCACCGUAAUUUUCGACGAUUCAGCACACUUUUCGAUAAUAUUUCUUCAUCAUUUCGCUAAUCGACGCGAUAAACACUGGAAAGUUGAUGCGAAAGGAUUUGACUUUUCGCCCCGAGGAAAUCGUAGCUUCUUGCAAACCUCCAGCUCCCACAGUUAUCUUACUCCGGAUUGAGUAUUUUCGUUUGAUCUGAGUCGGACAAGUGGAAUCAUUCCAUGUAGGAAAAAAAAUAAGAAUGAAAAAUCGAAGUACCACGAGCCAAGACAUAUUUGUCGUCGAAAAUGCGAAAUCGUCGGUGUUUCAAGAGCUCCUGAAAUAUGUAUAAGUUGUUAAAACCAAACCUAUAUAAUAUAUAGAGAAAUGAAAAAGCAUGCGGAGUAGACGAAUAUCCCGAGGAUGCUCGCGAGCGGAUAUUGAACUUUUUAUGAGAGAUAGUAAAUUUGGUGCAGCAAACGUAAAACUUGGUUCCCUCGAAACCGGUCUUGGGUCAAUAUAUUUGACCCAAUUAUUAUAGAGCGGUCGGGAAGAAGGUCGAAAACGUUGGGGAAGCCUGCGGAUUCUACGCUGCAUGAUUACCGGAUUAAUAGCAAGAGGAUGCUCAAGGCAAACAUUUUUGUUCUCGACAAAUAUGCCCACUUUUACGAAAAAUGGAUGAUUACGGUCGAUGUAGUGGUGCGCGCGGUAUUCAGUGGAAAGAAGAGCGGAACGUUUUUCCGACAAUGAAGAGCGAGAACUACUUUAAAGGUGGGAACAGCGUUGAACGCUCAACUCGGCGCAAGUGACUAUUUAAAGUUCGGUCGAUCGGGAGCGCUGUUAAUUCAUUUUCGCUUCUAACACGGGGCUACGUGCGAGCAAUUAUAGUUUCUUCUUCGUUCGAUAAACAGUGCGCGCCUUCACAUUUUCCCGUCUAUCAAUAAUUGCUCCGAGUACAGCAGAGCGGUAAUGAAGGGCGGGAACAUGGUCAAUUGUACGAGAGGAAAGUGUUAACCGUGGCUCAAUGAAAAAAUCCAAUAGUUGAAGGACCGAUAGAAAUUUCAAGAAACAAUGGCUUCGAGAGCUCUCCUUGUGCUCUCGGCGAUGUUGUCGUUGCUCCUCCCGGAGCCGAGACCCGAGAAAAAAGAUGAUCCGUCCCGAACGAGAUCCUUGAUGAGCGCCAACGACCCCACAUUUUUCUCGAUCUAAUAUAUUCGGUCGAAGAACAAACCGAGACGAGAAGCAGCAAAAAAUUGAGCAACAGCGGUUGGAAUUGUCGAAGAAAUGUCUCAGAUGCGAUCGCAUUCGUUGAUAUCAACGAGUCAGAAUCGAAGUGGCAGCGAACUAUCGAAAGUUGUCAACUACGAUGACGAUCGCUCCUUCGACAAUAGCACCUUUUAUCCGUUUUAUGAGACGAACAACAUCUUCAAUCUGAGCUUUCUCGAUGGCAACACAACCAACGAGAUCGACUCCUUCUACUUUUAUGAAACGGAACAAUUUACCGUUCUUUGGCUCCUCUUCGCUGUCAUUGUAGCCGGUAACACGGCCGUUCUCGCUGGGCUUCUUCUCGGUAAGAGACGCAAGUCUCGGAUGGAUUUUUUCAUCAAGCAGCUGGCACUCGCAGAUUUGCUGGUCGGUUUAAUAUCCGUACUGACCGAUAUUGUUUGGCGAACAACCGUCGCCUGGCAUGCUGGUAAUGUCGCCUGCAAGCUCGUACGAUUCUCUCAGGUCGUCGUUACGUACAGCUCGACAUACGUCCUCGUUGCUCUCUCCAUCGACAGAUACGACGCCAUCACUCGCCCCAUGAGUUUUUCUGGAAGUUGGUGGAGAGCGAGAGCUCUGGUCGCAGCUGCUUGGGGACUAUCGAUAUUCUUCAGCAUUCCCAUUAUUUUUCUGUACGAGGAAAAAUUGAUACAGGACAAAGUUCAAUGCUGGAUAGAUCUUGGCAGCCCCAUUUCAUGGCGAAUAUACAUGAGCCUGGUGAGCUUCACGCUGUUUAUCGCACCGACCAUAAUAAUCAGCGGUUGCUACAUGGUCAUUGUUGCGACGAUAUGGACGCAGAGCAGCGCACUACGGGAUGGUCCAACGAGAGACACGAGGAGAGCCUCUUCGCGGGGUCUCAUACCCAGAGCCAAAAUUAAGACUGUCAAGAUGACCUUUGUCAUCGUUUUCGUUUUCAUUCUCUGCUGGAGUCCGUACAUCGUAUUUUCGCUUCUUCAGGUCUACGGUCACGUACCGAACACCCAGACGAAUAUAGCGGUUGCCACUUUCAUUCAGAGCCUCGCGCCGCUUAAUUCAGCCGCGAAUCCCAUUAUUUAUUGUCUCUUCAGUACUCAAUUCUGCAAGAACGUACGGAACAUGCAGGCGGUUUCCUGGAUUUCGGGAUGGUGCCAUUCGCAUCCACAUCAUUGCUUCGGCACCGGUGGUGUUAACAACAGCACGAGGAUGACCUUGACCACUUCGAUGACUGGACAGUCCUCGAGAAAACGAGUUAUGGUUUCGCACGUGUGAAAAACAUUCCUUAAUCGAUACCGAUCGAGCAGCGAAACUUGAAUCUCGAACGAUUCGACGACGAGCAGAGCGGGAUCAUUCCCUCGCCGGUCCCCGCGAGACAUCGAAGCAGUUCCUCUCUUCCAACGUAACAAUAUUACCGAUCGCGAUCAUCGAUUAAGAUAUUGAACGUAUAAUAAGUUGUUUCACAAAGUAUUCAUCAGAAUCUUUAUUUACGAUGGCAGCAUGAUAUUCUCUUCGCUCUACUUCGGAUUUCGUAUGAAAGACAAACAAAAGCUGGCGCUGUAUUAACAGACUUGGAAUCCUAACUAGUCACACAAGAACACAAGAACAGCUCGCGCUGAAUUUCAUUCACCCAAUAACGUUGGAGUACACACUGGCGCUCAUCCCCGUGUACCGAUGAAACGCUCGCGGCAUUUCGCCGGAAUUCCCAUUAUUAUGAACCGUUCCUGGUGGAUAGCGAGGGUCGAUGUUGGCAUGGGCGGAGAGGAGCGGGAGGCUUUGCGGGGUUUACCUCGAACCAACAGAAAAUCUAGACUUUUCACCUUUUACGAUUCGCGAUUCCAAAUCAAUAAAAUGUAAAUAAAAUAUUGAAAAAUGCUACGCGCCUUCGUCCGAUCUUACUUGGAAAAAAAAAGAAUGUUUCAGGCGAACGAAUUGAGGAAAAUGUUUGUCGUACAAAAAUUUAUCCCACGACCGCGCGCGCAGUCCCGUGCAAUUGCCCGAACAAACUUCUACGUUCCCUCGUUUUUUGACGCCAUUGACCAACGAGCGACCGGGCGCUAAACGGGAUUAAAUCUAGUACGCGCUGACAUAAAAAUCUUCCUACUUCGGUGGUUGUUGUCGACCCGGGCAAUUCCAGGCAAUACCGAACAGCAAAUUUCAAAUUUCAUGCAUUUUCAUUAGUCCCCCUCACGAGCCUCUCAAUUAUUUGUCAAAAUGUCGAGGACUUUCGUUCUCUGACUCUCGACCGAGUGUAUCGAGCAUGCACACUCAUCGGCGCUUGUAAUAUUGAUGAUUACUCGUUCAAUGUGUUUCAUUCUCAAUAUAUUGUAAUCGUAAGUAUGAUAGUCAGUACUACGAAUAUCUGAAUAAAACAUCAGUGAAGCGUGGCCGAUUAAAAAGAUACGUGAAAAAAAUGAAUCCGAUGUGCAACAUCGAGGCGCGGAGCAUCGAAUGUACGUGUAAAUAUUCUCAUAUUUUAUGAUAACGAUACUUUGUGUCAGCGAUCACAUUUUCGUCCUAAAUGAAUACAUUUUGAUUGUAUCCAACGGUAAUUUGUACCAAGAAAUUAAUCCGACUGUAUCGACGUUUUUUUUUACGAUCAGCGAAUUUGUCACGCUCCCCUCCAACUGCAGCUUCCUACGCCUUAAAAAAAUGUGAGAGGAAAUCUCACAGCGCGACUAUCGGCGGGUUAACUCGUCAGCAAUCGCGCUGCGCACUUUUAUUGAAGCGAUGAUGACUCGCGAAGGCCUCGCAAAAAUAACACGGGCAUUUGAAAUUUUGUUCAUCUAUACACGCGGCAAAUUGAUUCUUCCGUAUAACGAAUGAGUAUCCUUUGGAAAUCCACCGUCAAAAUUUCUUUCUCCUUCAGAAAUGCAUUUCCAAAUAUAGAAAAAAAUGUAAAAAAAAAAUAAAAGUGAAAGUUCGAACAUUUAUUUUCCUUCCGUCGCACGAGUGCUUUGGUUCAUCAAUUGAAAAAAUCAGCUUUCCAAAAGGCGCGGAAGUCAGCUUUGCAAACGUGGUCCGAUGCACCGUCGCCGUCCCCCCGGAGCAGUUGAAUCUGUGCAGCGGUUAAAAAAUUUCUCAUCCAAUGCUUGAAGUACGAGUAGUGCGAGCGCUGAAGGGCAAAUUAUAAUUUUCCAUUAUUAUUCUCGCUGUAUUCAGAAACCGAGUCCGUUUGCGUAUAUUUUAAUUAAACACCGAGUCGGAGCCUCCUGAACUCUUCUAAGGACUAUAAAGAUCGAGUAAUAAAGAAUUAAGAGCCUCGCUGUACGGUCUCGGUACAAAGUAAAUUGACAACUCUGGCGUGCGCUGGCCCGAGGAUCUGGUAUAUCUAGAGACGCGGCAACGUCUUUAUAUUUUACUCUGAUAUAUUUUAUCAUCCGACGGGCAAAGGUUCCUUUACAUACGCUGAUAUUGCGAGCAAGGAAAAAAAAUUUAUCGAAAGAUCGCGCAUAUUUGGAUGCUUAUGGCGAAACGAAGCUCGCGUUGGAAUAUUGAAAUAUGAGAUAUUCUGCGGAGAAAUUGAACGAAAAAUUUUUAAUGGGCUGCCUAUGAAAAGUUGCCGCACUCAACCGAAUAAUUUCCGACUUUUUCAUCAAAUUUUGUUUCCCAACCGCGCGCACACAUAGAUUGAAACACGUAUCGUGAUCGCGAUUAACGAGCAUCGUUAUGAUGAGUGUAUUAAUUAUAUGUAUCACUGUGCUGUAACCAUAUUGGAGAGGUUUUUGUAAAUACACGGUAUUCACUUCGAGGAACAAUUUGUAAAUAUUCAUCAAUAAAAAUCCAGAAGCGCCGACGUUAUCUGUUGCUUGCAACUUGAA